AUGUCGAGCAUCUAUGCAGAGCUUGCUCGCCUCAAGUUCAAUACAGAGCAAAAGUCUGCCCUACUCUACUACCUCACUAAAACUGGCGAAGCUGAAGCUCAAGCGGAGAAAACCUUCACUGUCUGCAACAAUGAUGAGGAGAAAUAUGCCUAUCUAAACUUAGUCUUGGGGGGUUUAUCUGAAAAGUCUCGCUCAACUGAAAUUGAAUCGGUCAACCUCGUUACUGAUGAUAAAAUAUCUGAGCCUCAUCUUGAAACAGAAUUUGUUGAAAAACUAAAGGUCGAUACAUUUGAAGAGCCUGUUUUCGGAAAAUAUAAUCCUAAAGAUGCAGAUCUCGAAAAGUUUGCUCAAAAACUGAACCUCGAUCAAUUGCGAAAAUACGGACCACCAUUAACGGACGAGGACAUAGAGAAAUUUUACGGUAGUCAUGUCUUGAUCAUCGACGGAAAGUUAGUUCGCUAUGGGUCAGAAUUAUCAGGCGAGGAAUACCAUAAACUCGUCACGGAACAUCCGGGAGCAUUGUACGGGCCUGUUGUCCAAGAGGUGGUCUGUGCGAAAUUCUCUUCCAUUGAAGAUGGCACAAAAAAGGAGUGGCAGGCCAGGCUGCCGAAACGUCGCGGUUGGAGUUCACUGAGUACAGAUGCUACUGGCUACGGUGGCGGAAACUUAAUGAAGAAGGUUUCUGAGCCCUGGGGAAGUCUCCUUUGGGCGAUGGUGUGA